CAGAUUAUUUUUUACGAGGACAGGAACUUUCAGGGAAAGUCCCAUGAAUGCUCUGGUGACAAUGCAGAUCUGCAUUCUUACUUUGCACGCUGCAAUUCAAUCCGUGUAGAGAAUGGCUGCUGGGUGAUCUAUGAACGUUCCAAUUACAUGGGACAUCAGUAUUACCUGAAGAAAGGAGAUUAUCCUGACUAUCAGAGCUGGCUGGGUUUGAAUGACUCUAUUAGAUCUUGCCACUCAAUCCCUCUUCACCGUGGUUCUUACAGAAUAAGACUUUAUGAGAGAGAAGACUUUCGUGGUCAGAUGAAGGAAUACCAAAAUGAUUGCUCUAACAUCUAUGAAAGCUUCCAUGUUCAUGAUGUUCUAUCCUGUAAUGUGCUUGAGGGCUACUGGAUAUUCUUUGAGGAAUCUGGCUUUAGGGGAAACCAAUACUUCCUGAGACCUGGAGAAUAUAGGAGAUAUAGCAGCUGGGGAGCCCCAAAUUCCAGAGUUGGAUCUUUGAAAAAAAUCAUGGACUUUUAUUAG